GCACGAAAACUUCCAAAAACGUCACAUCUUAUAAAGAGGGAGGGGAACCACCACCGGCCGCAUCGCCCCCACCAUUUCCCCCCAAAUCGGCUCACUCCCUCUCUCCUUGCCGCAUCGUCUCCCCCUCGUCUCCAUCGCCCCGCCACUGCACCUACUCGCUCAACCCCACCGCCUCCCUCUCUCCGGUGGGUUCUCUUAGGCUUCGAUGGCGCAAGGUGGUGGCGCUGCCGCCACUGCGCACGGAGUUGCGGUCGAGGCCGCGAACACCGCGGCAGAUGCCGUCCAAGAAGUGGCCGCCGUCGGCGGUGCAGGAGAUGCUGCACCCGCAGUCGCUGGAUCGGUCGCUGCGGCGGCGGAUCUGGUGGAGCAGGGGGUGGUGGGCUCGGACUCCGUCGUGCCGGACCUGCUGGUGACGGCGUCUGGCGGCGCACUGGAUGCAGGUGCGGAGGCGAGCGACAAGCAGGCGGUGGAUGUGAAUGAGGAAGCUGCUGGCAACAAGAGGAAGCUGGACAUCGCUGGGUUCGACGACCCGUCUGAUUCUGACGACGACGAGGAGUACAACUCUGGAGAUGAGGUGGAAGAGUGGAACCACAAGUCCUUCAUUGAGCAUGAAGCCAACAAGAUCAGGGAGAAGGGGAAGGCGGCGUACUACAAGUGGGGCAAGUUCAGGUGCCCAUACUGCACCACUAAGCCAAUUCCCAAGGAUGGGCUGUAUGAGCACCUUAUGUCGCAUGCACGCGAUGUAGACGAGUGGGACGACGUGAAGAUCAGGGCAGAGCAUGCAGCCCUCCUAAAGGCUAUGGGUCCCAUCUAG